GGCGAGACAAGCAGUAUGGCGGAAGAAGAGAGUGAAUUUCAGUUAGAAGCUUUUAAACAACAAUUGAAGAGUUUAUUUGUCAGUAGUUCGAGUGAAGAAUACGGACUUCAAAGCAAGUUAUAUUGUGUACGGUUCUGUAAGUUGGUGGAGGUGUAUUCAGGACGAUGGCAGGUACCCUUGCCACAGCUGCAGGUGCUCCAGACUGCUCUAUGUUCCUUUGUCCAAGCCUCGGCCUGCUUCCCGUCUGACUGUGAACAUGUAUGCUACACACUGAGUAGCCUUGCCCUGAGUGCUUUUGAGCUCUUGCUGUUUUUGAACAGAAAUAAGAUCCUGCAGGAUCCCUUGAAAAAAAUCCUUGAUUCGUUCCAGGAAUGUUUUUCCCAGCUGGAGAGACACCAGAACAUCCACCUGCUGCAGGUGGGACAGAUCAUCAGAGAGAAGGGACCGUGGACCAACCCCAUACUACAGGCCAUCCUGAAGGACUCACAACUGCCCCGGGAUGAAGUGGACCGGUACCUAGGCUCAGAGGUGCCAGUGUUCUUUGAGCUGCGUGUUCGUUACCUGCUGUCCAGUGAGCUGUUCACCGAGGCGGUGGUCUUGGCUAAGACCUGCUCUCAGCACCCAUACCUCACCUGUCUGUUGAAGGCAUCGCUCCCUCGCCAUAUGCACGAAGAGAUGUCUGACAUCGACGGCCAGGACGCUGUGGAUAUCGUGUGUAACACAGAGAGUGAGGAGAGCGACGAGACGCUCCUGGCCCUCUGCACAGCCUUCCUCUCUCAGCAGCUACACCGGGGAGACCUGUACUGCAUGUGGGAUCUGGUGUUCAUAUGGAGUCGACUCCGCCUGCGGGUCAACCCUUCCAAACAGGCCUUCCUGGAAGAGAGUCAUCGCCUGCUGCUGUCGGCCACCAACAUCAGAUCCAUAUUCUCUUUCAUUAGAGUGAUCCUUGCAGAGCUGGGAAAGGAUGGUCUCCAGUUCUGUGUGGAGCUCUGCACCCACGCCCUCCAGACGAACACCUGUGAUGCCGCCACCAAGUCCCUCAUCUACAAGACGGUAGCCUACCUCCUCCCCAACGACCUGGAGGUCUGCCGGGCCUGCGCCCUCCUCGUCUUCUUCCUGGAACGCACCGUGGAGGCCUACAAAACGGUGUUCCUCCUCUACACGCACCCCGACCAGGAGUACCACGUCGAAGCCGGUCCCAUCGGGAACCACAUCCGCUUUGAGAUCCUCCAGACCCUGAAGAGAGGUCUCUACUUCGAUCCAGAGUUCUGGAACCUUUUGAAUCUCCGGACCAACUGCCUGAAGCUGAUGAGCGAGAAGAAGGCGGCGUUGGCGAGGAUGAUGAUGAUGGAGGAUGAUGGGUGGGUGUCUAACUACUGCAGCACCGCCACCAAAGAGCCCUGUUGCAGCUGGAGCGCUGGCCUGUCAGAGCGUGUGCAGCCUAAACAUGUAGAGAGUAAACCAGCACAGAAGCACGUUCAGAUUAAACCCUUUCACCAGGUAACAGCGCCCAAAAGGCGGUUCCAAAAAGAAGAGAAGAAUCACGUUUCGACGGCGCCGGUGGCAGCCAAACGUGUCAAAGCUCAAAGGUUGGAAAAAACCUCUGUUGUCGAGUCGCAGCGGCUGCCUGUUAAUCAUGUGACGACGACGAAGACUGAGAAGCUGGCUGAACCCCCUGUAAUAAAAAGAAGAGGGAGGAAGCCUGGGCCGAAGCCGGGACCGCGGUCAUCUGUCAAAACAACAGAGCCCUCAGCCGAGACCACCUCUGUCAGACGGUCCUUCAGACAACUGGACAUGGCGCAGGAGAACCUGGCCGGGCAAGUCGGUCACAGACCACAUAGGCACAUGACCAGACUCUCGGAGAAGAAACCUCCCAAACGGAGGGGUAGGAAACCCCGGUGGCUCCUGGAGGGUACGUUCCAGGCCGAGAACAGUGCUCCCCGGAAGGGUCGCCGACCGGGGAGGAAACCACAGCAGAAGACCCAGCAGACACCAGUGGACAAGACCAAUAAGACCUCUCGGUCUGGUGCCGCAGUCAAGGAAAGCACAACCAAACAAAAGAAUGCCGUGACCUCCCAAAAUAAAAUGGCGGCCGCUCGUCUAACAGCUCCGAGGGAACAGGAAGGUAAACGUCAGGAGAUUCCUGCUACUAACCACCUACCAGCAGGAUCUCCUGCUCAUGACUCAAAGCUGGAGGUCUCCCUACCUGACAACGAAGUAUUUGGGUUCUUCCAUGAGGAUUAUCUCAGUAGGCAAGGACCGGUGACUCUAAACUGUGAUAAAUCUAAGGCACCAAUCCAGGCACAGUAUCGGGUGAAGGAUAGACUCGGAGAGGUGUUUCUCCUUUCCGCUCAGAACGCCAGUCUCUUCAUACAGCAGUUGCACAACUACUCCCAGACGGGAGAGGCGGAAGGUGUCACGUUGAACACUGAAACCUGUUUGUUGAAAGCGACAGAUGUCCGUCCCUCCCUAAACCCAAGUUGUCUGCCGGUGCCGUGUGACGCUUCGAGGGUAUUUUACCAGACGUCUGCAGUGGAAAUGGAAGUUGAGGUCUCCUCACAAACUGUCACUGCGACCGACAUGACUUCCACACCACAAGGUGGCGCUGUCGAACACAUCGAAAGUCCCAAGAAUGAGGACGGAUUCUCUACCGAUGCUCAGCAGACAUGUAUUCCAUCUGUUCUCUCAGUGAAUGUAAUUGUUCCUAAUAACACAAGAACAACAAAUGCAUAUGUAACUAAUGUUCCAAGAGAACCAACGGAAGUUACGAAUGUUCCAAAAAGCGAACCGCUUCUGAAGUCGGGGAAGGCUAUGGAUAUAGCAAACAUUGGUGUGGAUGAAGCAAUGGUGGGGGACGGUGGCACUGGCAGCGUCCCUGGAAAGGAAACUCGGGAGCUUGUUGUUCUUACUCCUUUCUGCUGGCUGGCUAAUACCUCAAUGGAUGCGUUUGCUAGAGAGUUUGAAAAGUUUGCCAAGGGUCCGGAUUCUGAUGUUGUCGCAAAGCAGCAGUCGGUGACACCACAGACCAUAGGUGGUGUCUCGCGCAAAACGUUGGAGACGACAUCGUCAACGGUGACACCACAGACCACAGAUGGUGUCCUCUCCAAGGUUUUGUGCGAGACACUGUCAACGUCUCCAAAAGUCAUCCCUACGGCUGUCACAGACCCAGUGGUCCUUGAGGACACUUCAAAAAUAACCAAAGUCACCCCACAGGACACUACAGACAUCCAGGAAAACAUGGACACUCGACACACCCAACUGGACAUUAAAGGUACCUCACAAAACAUGGAGCCGGAGGAUAUCCCAAUGGCCGCUGAGAGCUUCCCACGGCUCACUGAUGAGACCCGGCAGCCUGAGCACCCUCUGAAAGGCACUGUGGGUAGUCUAGAGUUACCUGUGGACUCGACACAGGACAAUGACACCCCUCGGUUCACUGAAGACCCCCCACAGAAUACACAGGACAUAAGACAACUCGCAGAGGACACCCUGAAAGUCACUUUCACUGAGGUCACCCCACAGGCUACUGAGGACCGCACAAAAGCCACGGUGGAUACUCCAGAGGCUGUGGACACACUACCACAGAACAUAGAGGACACAGAACAUAGAGGACAGCGGAGGAAUUCACAGCCGGAAGUCACUGUAGACAGCCGGGAAGUCACUGUAGACAGCCGGGAAGUCACUGUAGACAGCCGGGAAGUCACUGUAGACAGCCGGGAAGUCACUGUAGACAGCCGGGAAGUCACUGUAGACAGCCGGGAAGUCACUGUAGACAGCCGGGAAGUCACUGUAGACAGCCGGGAAGUCACUGUAGAUACCUCUGAGCACAUUGAGGACGCCCUACAAAUUCAAAACACUGCAGACACCCUACAGUUCACAGUGGAUGCCCCAAUGGUCUCUGAAGAGUUCACCAAGGACACACGUAGUGCCACACAGAACAAUGGGGACACGCCACAGCUCCAUGAGGACACACCGGUCACUGAGGACACCCUAAGAGUCCCUGAAGAGACGUCACAGGAACCCAAAGACACCUCAAAGGUCAGGAGGGAUACCCCGAUGGUCCCUGAGGACACCCUUAAAGUACAUGUGGAUACUCAAAAGGUCCCAGAGGACACCCCACAGAACACACAAGUCAAUGAAGACACCUCAAUGGUUACUGAAGACACCCCACAGGACACACAGUACAAUUCACUGGUCAACCCGAAAGUCACUGAAAGUGCUCACACUCCAAAGGUCACCCCAAGAGUCCCUGAAGACACGUCACAGGACUCCAAAGACCCCUCAAAAGUCACUGAAAACCCUCCACAGGACACCCCAAAAUUUACAAAGGACAACACAACUGUCUCUGGGGAUAUCGGACAAACUCCUGGAGAUGGCACCCCACAGGAAAAUGAGAACAGCCCACUGGCAUAUCGCUGUAGUCUCUGCAACAAGGUUUUCAAAGGCAAACGUGUUAUUGCCCACGCCAUGUACCACUUCCGCAGGGACCAAUGUAUGUUCUGUAGGAUGCUGUUCAAAAACGACCUGCUCGCUAUGAUGCAUCUGUCCCAGCACAUCGACAAGUUGAAAAAAGGAAAUCUACCGCCUGAUAUUGAGGAGGUCCGUGAGAACUGUAAAGCUGGGAUGUCAGACACGCCUGGACGCUCAACGCAGAGGGGGAGACGGGGACGCAAGAGGAUCCCUGUAAACUCCACAGAGUCAACACCUCCGGAUUACAGGAAGCUAAGGUCCACCAAUAGGAUCUCCUCUAUAAACUCCUCGGAGUCAACUCCACCGGAUCGCAGGAAGCUACGGUCUAACCCUAAUCUACUGUCGACCAAUAGGCUCUCAACUGACUCUCAACCUUCACCAGAUACAAAACUCGCAACAGAUGAGUCUGAAGGCAAGCAGUCGACACAGAGGGUCAAUGGACAGAGGGGCAGAAGACGAGUUAAGGUUGAAGGAACUGAGGGUGAUGGUGAUACUCAGGCAGAGGAACAAGAAAAGAUCAGUAGGAGGCAAGAGGAGGAGCACUCGGCUCUGGAACAGAGGGAAGAACCCGUGGAGAUCUCUACUUCUCUGGCGAAGACAUCGAUAGGUGAAAAAGGGGGAACCUGCUCCUCUCCUCUGACACAGUUUUUGGAAGAAGAGGAGAAACCCUGUUGCUCGGCAAAGACCAUGGAGGACAACACAGAAUCUCAGGCUGUAUCGGUAACACAGGAUAGGCUUUCAGUUUCACCUCUAGAGACCUCAGUUCAGGGUAAGGAGACUCCCGGCAGCUGCCCUGUGGAGGGAUGCACAGAGAUAUUCACUGGAAAACGGCGUUCUCUCCUCGGACAUAUUCUGGACGAUCACCGCGGCGACGCCAAACCCUUGGAAACGACGUUCCGUCACGGGGAUGGCAAAUGCAAUAUUUGCAAGAAACCCGUUUUGACUUUGCAGCAUUACCAGCACCACAUUUUAUGGCACAAAGGAAUUCCCAGGCAUCCCUGUCUACACGAUGGAUGUGAAGCCCGGUUCAGUGCAGCGACAGAAAUGAGGAACCACGCGAAGACCCAUCAGCCGCUCCUGGCAGUGAAGGGAAGGAUGAAUCUUGUUUCCUCUACCCUUGUCACCAAUACCACCUCUGUUAACGUGACUAAACCGUGUAAGACUGGGAGGAAUAAGCUACGGAAGAUGCAGGGUGUUAAGAGACGAUGGCCUCUUAGAGAAAAGGAGGGAUCGGCAACUGACCUCACUACUACGGCAACCAGGAAGUAUGACUUGACCAAGACAUUAAAGAAAACACAGGUCGCGAAGAAACGGCAUGUUCCUGGAGACAAGGAUCCUCGUACUACUGACCCCUCUACCGCCUCUGUAAAGGUAACAAAUAGGUUGAGGAAAUUGCAGGUUAAGAGGAAAUGGUGUGUUGGUAAGAAAAUGGACGCUCCAAACACUCCCGUCACCACGUCCAAUGAAAAAGCUGAGCAAGCGAGCAAGAAGUUAAAGAUGAUUCAUAAGGUAAAGAAAGCGUGGGCUGUAAAGAGACAGAACGUUAGCCAAGACAAUUAUACCCCAACUGGUCCAACCACCUCCACCACGAUUACCGCCACUGAAAAAGUUACCAAAAAGCUAAAAAUUAUAAACGAGUUGAAGAAAAUGCGAGUUAUUAAGAAACCGACCGUUAGCACAGACGAGGAUACCCAACUGGAUCCAGCCACCGACACAAAAGUGACCGAAAAGUUAGAGAAAACGCAACUUGUAAAGAAACCGAGUGUUGGAAAAGACCCCAGGAAGAUGUCAAGCGUUGGCACAGACGAGGACACCCAACCUGUUCCUCCCACCGUCACUCCGAAAGUCACCGAGAAAUUACCCAUGGUGACCGAGAAGUUAAAGAAAACACGAGUUCUAAAGAAACAAAGAGUUAAAGAACCCAAGGGGCCUGUUAGCAAAGAACCCAAGGGGCCUGUUAGCAAAGAACCCAAGGGGCCUGUUAGCAAAGAACCCAAGGGGCCUGUUAGCAAAGAACCCAAGGGGCCUGUUAGCAAAGAACCCAAGGGGCCUGUUAGCAAAGAACCCAAGGGGCCUGUUAGCAAAGAACCCAAGGGGCCUGUUAGCAAAGAACCCAAGGGGCCUGUUAGCAAAGAACCCAAGGGGCCUGUUAGCAAAGAACCCAAGGGGCCUGUUAGCAAAGAACCCAAGGGGCCUGUUAGCAAAGAACCCAAGGGGCCUGUUAGCAAAGAACCCAAGGGGCCUGUUAGCAAAGAACCCAAGGGGCCUGUUAGCAAAGAACCCAAGGGGCCUGUUAGCAAAGAACCCAAGGGGCCUGUUAGCAAAGAACCCAAGGGGCCUGUUAGCAAAGAACCCAAGGGGCCUGUUAGCAAAGAACCCAAGGGGCCUGUUAGCAAAGAACCCAAGGGGCCUGUUAGCAAAGAACCCAAGGGGCCUGUUAGCAAAGAACCCAAGGGGCCUGUUAGCAAAGAACCCAAGGGGCCUGUUAGCAAAGAACCCAAGGGGCCUGUUAGCAAAGAACCCAAGGGGCCUGUUAGCAAAGAACCCAAGGGGCCUGUUAGCAAAGAACCCAAGGGGCCUGUUAGCAAAGAACCCAAGGGGCCUGUUAGCAAAGAACCCAAGGGGCCUGUUAGCAAAGAACCCAAGGGGCCUGUUAGCAAAGAACCCAAGGGGCCUGUUAGCAAAGAACCCAAGGGGCCUGUUAGCAAAGAACCCAAGGGGCCUGUUAGCAAAGAACCCAGGAAGACCUCCAAAAAACCUGUGAAGUCAAAGACCUCUGGUCCAGAGAAACAUGUUAAUGAAGUCACAGAAGUGGUAGGAAGUAAAUCAAAGGAAGAAGAUGAUCAACCAUCGGUGGAAACAUCAGACUCAACAGCUAGCAAUGUCUGUGACCAGAAGAUGGUUAACGGACACUUAAAGGACAUCGCUAAAGAAUCGCCAAAAUACCAGAAAAGUCUUAAAACAGUUUCCAAAUCCAAGAAAUGUGAUCCACGAAACCAUAAACCUGCUACUCCCAAACUCCCUACAAAUACUCCCAAACCCUCUACAAAUACUCCCAAACCCUCUACAAAUACUCCCAAACCCUCUACAAAUACUCCCAAACCCUCUACAAAUACUCCCAAACCCUCUACAAAUACUCCCAAACCCUCUACAAAUACUCCCAAACCCCCUACAAAUACUCCCAAACCCCCUAUCAAGGAGGAAACGAAAAACUCAACUUUCUUUGGGAAGAUUAACAACAGGCCAUACAUCCGGCCUCCACCCACGGCUUACCUAGACGAGCGUUACACCACCAUGCCAAAACGCAGGAAAGAGAUGUCCUGGACCACUCGCUUCUCUCCGACGCGCCCGGACCUCGUGGUGGAGUCGUCGGGGACCACGGCGACACCGUCCGUCCAUAGGCAGCGCUGUGCCAAGUGUUUCUUGUCCUUCGACAGAGGAGAAGAGUUGCAGAAGCACGUCUCUCUGAAGAAGUGCGCAACCCUUUUCGGCUUCGACUCAGACGAGGACAGUAGCUCGUGAAAGCGGAUAGACAAGAGGACAUGUUUGGAUGUGCUGCUAGGGAAUGGGGGGUGGGUGUGGGGGCUGUUGAACCCCCUCCAAAACCCUGCUAGGAGUGUUGAACCCCUUUCGACCCUGCUACCUCACUGAGGGACAACCAGGGUUUACAGGACUCUUAACAUGACUUGCUGGCUGGUCUGGGACAGCCGUGCCAGGCCUCCCCUUGUGACUGAGGCUGGCAAUCUGAGGCGGCUACAACAGAAGACGCCUCUCAACCCUGCUACCCGUUUUAUUGAAGAGGAUUCUUAAAGCGUUAACUCUUUUACAUGACUUGCUGACAAGCCUGCGAUGUGACUGAAGUUGGCCGGUUGGCUACAGCAGAAGACUGAGAACAGUAAAAGGGUUGUGACCAUUCUUCCAUGUUCUGUCUCCCAUGGUCAUAGGAGUGACCUAUGACCUUUGAACCCUGACCUCAAAUCCAAAGUUCAAGGGGUCUUUUGGGCUGUCCGAUUUUUCCGAUUCGUCGACCAGGAAGCGUCUCUAAACUAAAGCCUGAAGGACUUGAGGCGGACACUAUGAGACCUGGCCGGAUAGUUAAUAUAUUCUUUGUUUUUAUUUGUUUUUGACAGUGUUUACUUUGGACUGAAGAAGUGCCUGGAAUCCAACCUGCUACUUCCUGCUUCUCUUCUAUUGGUCAAUGGUCCAGGGGUUUUCCUCCCAAUUGGCAUCUUAUUCCCUCUAUAGUGCACUACCGUAUGUGAGCCCUUGUCAAAAGUAGUGUACUAUUAAAAGGGAAUCAUUUGGGCCACGGAGACUUAUUGCCGGUGUCAAGGAAUGACUCUUGAAGAUGUGAGAACUGAUGUUAUGCAGGGAUGUUAACUAUACAAAAUGUUCAAAUAUUUAACACACACUAACAAAUUUUAUUUUAUUUUAUAUUGCUCAUCUUUUUGCUAUUGCACUUGUCACUUAAACCCCAAACCCUCCCUAGUGAGUUUAACAGUCAAACUGCCAAGAGGAAAGAGGCUCCAAAACCUCUUCUAUGGAUUAUAUGUCUACGACCCACAACGCAACAACGUGUAUAUUUAGAUAUCGUGUUGUUAGGCAACCGGUAACUGUCCAAAUAAAGGAAACCCUUGAGUAAAUGAGGGGAUACAGAAGUUUGUAUAUGUGUGGGGUGCCAUUUUUCCUGGCAUGGUCCAGGUCCACUUGUAGAAUCUAUGUCAAGGUGCAUUGAAGCUGUUCUGGCAGCUCGUGGUGACACAACACCUAUUUAAGAAAUUUAUGUAGGUGUUUCCUUUAUUUUGGCAAUUACAUGUAUUUCAUCAAAUUCUUACCAGUUAUUAUGUUGUUUUUUUACUAUUGAUCCUCUGUGACUAAAUUCUGUUCAUUGAGAGCAUGCUCCUGUAAUUGGAUACUUUUUUUUAUAACAAUAUUAUUUAAUAUAUAUAUAUAUUUUUUUUGCUUCUUGGGGUUCAGCCCCUGACUCACCAAUUGACCCAUCACAUUUAUUUAUUAUGCAGUUUUAUUUUAUUAAAUCAGUUACCCAAUCAAGGCAGGGCCCCGCCCAGUUACCCAAUCAAGGCAGGGCCCCGCCCAGUUACCCACGUGGAUGCCCCUGCCGCCUCCUCUCCCCUGUCUGAUAAUUAGCAGAGCGGCAGCAGGCUGUCUAAAACUCAUUGACAGCGGGCUCCUGAAUCCUCCUGUGGUUGCAGUAAAUAAAUAAAAAUAUCUCUAUCUAAUAUAUACUGUAUAUAAGUGUCUUGGGCCCCCCCACAGGCCUGGGCCCAGGGGCUUCAGCCCCGGUAAGCCCCUGCAUUAAUCCGGCCCUGUACGUAGGGAACAGGUUGCCAUUUGCUAUUUAACCUGUUUGAACAUAUUAGCCAUCAGGUCUAAACAACAACAACCUGUUUGACCAUAUUAGCCAUCAGGACUAAACAACAACAACAACCUGUUUGACCAUAUUAGCCAUCAGGACUAAACAACAACAACCUGUUUGACCAUAUUAGCCAUCAGGACUAAACAACAACAACCUGUUUGACCAUAUUAGCCAUCAGGACUAAACAACAACAACCUGUUUGACCAUAUUAGCCAUCAGGACUAAACAACAACAACCUGUUUGACCAUAUUAGCCAUCAGGACUAAACAACAACAACCUGUUUGACCAUAUUAGCCAUCAGGACUAAACAACAACAACAACCUGUUUGAACAUAUUAGCCAUCAGGACUAAACAACAACAACCUGUUUGAACAUAUUAGCCAUCAGGACUAAACAACAACAACCUGUUUGACCAUAUUAGCCAUCAGGACUAAACAACAACAACAACAACAACCUGUUUGACCAUAUUAGCCAUCAGGACUAAACAACAACCUGUUUGAACAUAUUAGCCAUCAGGACUAAACAACAACAACAACCUGUUUGACCAUAUUAGCCAUCAGGACUAAACAACAACAACAACAACCUGUUUGAACAUAUUAGCCAUCAGGACUAAACAACAACAACAACAACCUGUUUGAACAUAUUAGCCAUCAGGACUAAACAAC